CACGCCGGCCGCCUGCCCAGCGGUCUCACGAUGCCUGCUUCGGGGCAUCGGUCGCUGUCAGUGAUUUGACGGCGGGCGUGCCCAGUUUUGUCUCCGGCCCAGCCCAGCCCACCACGGACGACAGACUCCUCCUGCUCCUCCUCCGCCCUCCGCAAAGCCUGCCCUGCCCUCUUCCGGUUUCUCGCCAUCUUGCCUCCCGAGCACAAUUUCCCAUUUCAAAGAAUUCGGCUUGUUGAAUCGUCUGCCCGUGGCCUUGUAUUUUCCCCAUCUUGCGCAGACGAUCCUUGCGCCCCCAGUGUCCUCCUACUGCUGCCACCGGCUAGCGAUCAUCGUGAGUACAACACCAACCCGCGCGCGCCUCGUCUCGCCUGCACGCCGCGGCGUCCCCUCAUACCCCCCUCACGUCCCUGCCGCGAUCGUCGCCGUCGCUGGCGUCUGGUGAGCGCUGCAAUCGUCGGGCAUACGCCAGCCUGCGUGGUGCCGGUGCUGGUGCUGCCGUGGCUGCAGUCGCUCGGGCGUUCGCUCGCCGCCAACGGGUGCAAGUGGUGGCCGUCCAUCUCAUCGAGCCCGUUUCGUCGCGCGUCGAUUGGAACCACGACUCUGACUGUCAUUGCCGUGCAGGUCAAUUCGCGUCACUUUCGGAAAGCCCGCGUCGGCCGCCGUUUUGCCAGUUUGACCCAGACGCCUCUCGCUACGCCCUCGCUUUGACGCUCCCGCACGUUCGCACGCCCAGAUCUCACGCCUGACGUGGAUUGCGACGUUCAUCGCCGCCGAGACUUGAUCAAGGGCCGUCAGAACGAACGCGUCACACAUUGCCCAAGACGCUGCGCGUCCGUCAUCUGGCUCUCGACCGACAGGCAGCCACCGAGACAACAGCAACCUUGCGGCAUUGCACCCGGCGUUGACUGGCUCGUCGCGAGAAAACAGACGUCGACGGCCAUCUCGCAUUCACCUGGCCCAUCGCCGGCAUCUCCAUCAUCACCAGCCAAAGCAUCAGCGGCAGCAGGAUCAUCACCAAGCCCCCCCGACCCCGUCGAAUCAAGACAGAGUCGUACCAUCCGAGACCCCUUCCCGCGGCUAGAUCCCAGGGCCAGACCUCGAUCGCCAGAGGCCCUGCGGCAGAAACUCAAAGAAGCAGCCCCUCAGCAGCGAGGCGUUCCUGGUGAGUGACAGCCCUCCCCCCCGCUCUGCUCGUCAUACGCCAAUUAGGGCCGCCAUCGAUCGAAGAUGGUCGCGGCCGGCCAAUCACGGCGCGUGGAACCCCGUCCGCGCACCAAUCCCUUACUCGCAUAUCCUCCACCGCCGUGUGGCCUGUUGACGGCCCCCCGAGCACCCGGCUAAUAUUCUUGUAAGAGGUUGCCAAAACGGCUGCCCCAGCAGGGCCCAGCGGGCUACGUCACGCUCCCGCGGCUGAAUAUACACUCGGCACCACCCCCGGCACAACCACCACGCUGGCUCCGUCCACCACCACAAGUCCCUCGACCACGACCACGACCACGACCACGACGGCGACGAAACAUGCUCCUAUAGCCCACCCUCAGCAACACGCCCAUGACACGACGACGAUGCAAUCGACCGCAAACAAGUCACACGGCACGCAACCCCCUCCAGCCUCGCCCACCGGCCACCCCCUCCCGCGCCGCGCCUCCCCCGCCAACUCGGUGACCCUGCGGCACCACCGCCUGGCCCGCGAUGCCUCCCUCCGCGCGAGCCCCGGCUCCGGCCCGGCCGUGACCAGCCAGACCACGUCGUCGCCGCGACGCAACUCGUCGGGCGAGAGCCACGAGACGGGCCAGAGCGACCCCAAGAAGUGGUUCGACCAGUCCAACGAGAACCCGACGGCGACGUUUGACAACAACACCAUGGAUGUCGAUCCGCCCUUUUUCCAAAAAGAGUCCGACUCGUCCAACGAGGAAAAGGUAUACCGCCACCAGCAGUACCUCGCCGCGCCGCCCAGGCUCACGGGCGCCCAGAGCAGCAGCGCCGACGAGUACCGCAGCGUCAUCGACGACCUGACCGUCGAGAUCCAGAAGCUCAAGGACGAGCUCAAGCGGUACAAGCAGAUGGGCCCCGACAUGCUGCGCAAGGAGAAGCUGUUCGAGAUCAAGAUCCACGGCCUGCCCAAGCGGAAGCGGCGCGAGCUCGAGGCCACGCUGCGCGACUUCACCGCCGGCCUGGAGCAGUCGCCCGACGCCUCGUCGUCGCAGCGCAAGAAGUCGUCGAAGCGCAACAGCGGCAGCGGCGGCGGCGGCAACCGCGGCGACAAUCGCGGCGACCACGCCUACGCGGGCUCCGGCUCCGCCUCCAAGCACGCGUCGUCGUCGUCGGGCUCCAACGCGCGCCCGGCCGACUCGGCGUACGCGUCCAUGUCGACGGGCGCCAACUCGUCGGGCACGUCGCUGAGCCGCCCGCCCAACAACUCGCGCGCCAAGACGUCGGAGCAAAAGGUCGAAAACUACCUCAAGGACAUCCCCGAGGGCCUGUACCCGCGCCACAUGGCCAUGACGGUCAAGGAGAGGAAGAAGCUGGUCGUCCGGCGGCUCGAGCAGCUCUUUACGGGCAAGAUGGGCGGGCGGCACGCGGCGAACAAGCCGCGAGGCGCCGCCGCCCCUGCCGCUGCCGCGGACGUGGCCAACAACCCCGGCCUCGCCCCCGUCGUCACCGGGGACCGCGCGCAAAACACGCAGCUGUCGCACCAGCCGCCGAGCCUGGCCACGGUCGAGCCCUCGCGCGAGGCGCGGAUCCAUCCCGCGGACCAGCCACACCCGCCGGCGGGCCACGGGGCCGGCGGCAAGAAGAGCAGGUCCCGCGGCGACAACGGCUCCGCGUCCAACUCCAACGGCGACCAGACCGAGUCGGGCGGCAACGGCGGCACCACCACGACCACCGCCGCCGGCAGCUCCGGCGCCAACAUCUCGCCGACCAACAUGCCGCCGCCCCCGGAGCAGCGGCCGACGCAUCCCAAGGACCUCGACCCCGACCGCGUGCAGGUGCCCUCGGAGAACAUGGAGUACAUCCGGCACCUCGGCCUGGUGCCCCCGGAGCUGCUCGCCGAGGAGCCGCAGUUCACGCCCGACGUGCACGCCGACGCCGAGGGCUGGGUGUACCUGAACCUGCUGUGCAGCCUGGCGCAGCUGCACAUGAUCAACGUGACGCCGGGCUUCGUGCGCUCCGCCGUGUCCGGCAUCAGCACCAAGUUCCAGCUGUCGCCCGACGGCCGCAAGAUCCGCUGGCGCGGCGGCAGCGAGGGCACCAAGUUCUCCAGCGACAGCUCCGGCGACAACUCGCAGCGCAGCCCCGACGAUUCCGACGGCGGCUCCGACGUGUCGAGGAAGCACGUGUCCUCGUCGCGCAAGCGGCAGAAGACGGGCCACUCGACCGGCGAGGGCUACCACUCGGGCCACUCGAGCAAGAACAACCACUUCCACAAGCCCGAGCUGCACGCGUCCGGCUCCUCUGACACGUUCCACUACAAGCCCAUGUUCGCCCAGCAGGAGUCGCCCAACGGCGGCACCUCGCCCGACGACACCCUGUCCUCGUUUGGGCCCGUCGAGGACAGCAACCUCGGCGAGUCGCGCUGGGGCCUGAGCGGCUCCGGCACCACCGGCCGCAGGAAGCGCCGCCACGACGGCGCCAUCAUCUACUACAGCGGCGCGCCCUUUUGCACCGACCUGUCCGGCGACCCCGGCGACGUCUCGCCCACCACCUACAUGCUGUCCAGCGGCCAGGCCCGCGACGACGACGACGACGACGCCGAGUCCGACCGCGCGCGCCCCUCGCUGCAGAGGUCCUACUCGGGCUCGUCGCUCCACUACAGGCCUUUGUCCGACGGGCUACGGAAGCAGCUGGGUCGCGGUCGCGACGACGACGACGACGACGACGCCAAGAUGGACAUUGACAGCGAGGGCGAGCCCCCCGGCCUCAGCGGCGACUCGGGUAACGACAUGACCGACGUCGAGCUCGAGCCCACGUGGUCGGGCGACCAGCAGUACAUGGAGAUGGUCCCCCUGGAGCCCUGCGGCCUGGGCGGCGUCGUGCCCGAGGACCACUUCAUGGUGUUGGUCACCACGCAGCGGCCCAAGGACGUCAAGCAGCUGACGCGCCCCCCUCUCGUCCGCGCGAGGACGGACGAGGCGACCGAGGGCAUCAUCUGCCGGCUCGCCACCAUGUCCACGUCGUCGCCGGGCCCCAUGAUGGCCACGACGAAGCCGCCCAGUGAGCCGACGGUCGAGAUCGACUACGUCUCGGGCCGCAUCAAGCGUCUGCCCCCGGUCCCGCUCCCACCGCCCGCCAUCUUCUUCCCCCCCUUUAGCUCCGACGGCUCGAGCGACACCGAUGACGACCUCGAGUCGGAGGCCGACGGCUCGGAGCUGGAGUCGUCGGAGGAGCUGAUGAGCCGCCGCGCGAACCCGCACCACUCGGACGGGUAUCCCGACGGCGUGGACCUGAGCAGCGGCGACGAGGACGGCGAGGACCCCGACGACGACGAGCCCGAGACGCAGCGCAUGUACGACGUCGACAUGCAGGCGCGGCCGCUGGACAUGGUCCGCAAGGAGCCCAGGCAGCAGUCGCUGAGCAGCGCCGAGGUCGCCCCGCCGUCGGUGCGCGGCCGGAGCAAGAGCGCCAGCGAGGCCCUCGCCCGGACCGGCGGCAGCUCGGCCGCCACGGCCGGCGUGGAGAGCGGCUACAGCAGCGACGAGAGCAGCUAGC